GGUUUUUUUUCCUGAUAACGAUAUCGAUUGGUUGGCCGGAGAAAAAAUGGGGAGGACGACGUGGUUCGACGACGACGGGAUGAAGAAAGGAGAGUGGACGGCGGAGGAAGACCAGAAGCUCGUCGCUUACAUCAACGAGCAUGGCAUCUGUGAUUGGCGUUCCCUCCCCAAAAGAGCUGGUUUGCAGAGAUGUGGAAAGAGCUGCAGAUUAAGGUGGGCAGCCAUAGCGAAACAGAUGCAUAAUCGAACAGACAAUGAUAUCAAGAACCAUUGGAACUCUUGUCUCAAGAAAAGACUUUCGAGAAAGGGAAUCGACCCGAUGACCCACGAGCCCAUCAUCAAACACCUCACUAUCAAGACCACUAACGCAGAUUGUAGUAGCUCUUCCACCACGACGUCCCCAUCGACGGAAAGCCCUCCUUCCUCCGGCUCGGCUCGACUCCUCAACAAGCUCGCCCAAGGUAUCUCAUCUAGACAACACAGUCUCGAUCGGAUCAAGUACAUCUUGUCGAAUGCAAUAAUCGAAAGCAGUGAUCAAGAAAAAGAGGAAGAAGAAAACGAAGAAGGAGAAGAAAAAGAUUCAAUGGUGGAUCAGAAGAUUGACGGUAGUGCAGGAGAUGAUAUUCAGAUAUGGGACGUGGAGGAAGUUAGGCGUUUAAUGGAGAUUGACGCAAUGGAGUACGAGAUGACUUCGUACGACGCUGUCAUGUACGAGAGUACUCACACACUUGAUCAUCUCUUCUGACUCAAUAUAGACAUAUAGUGUGAGUGCAUGCAUGUGUUGUUAGAAUAUGCUAAGCUAUGUUUCAACUUUUAAUGUUGUAACAAUGAACAUUAACGUGGACC